GCGUUACCUGUCAGUCAAAAGACCUUUAAAUGGCCACACUGUACAGAGCCGUGGACCUUUUACAUCACGGUAAUAACGCUGUUACGGUAAUAUUCUGGGUAAUAGCUGCUUAAACACGGUCUGAUUUACUUGUUGGCGUUCUUCUCUUUCCAUCGAAUCCGCUUUUAACUCGGUAAGCUUGUAGAAAAGCCCCAAAAAUACAUUUAAAAAUGAGCGACGAGGACGACUUUUUGCAGAAAGCCCGAACCGGGUUUGAAGAUCUGUGUCGGGCUUUGAAUAUGGACGAAGAGGCGAGCAGUGAGGCGUGGAAGACCUACGAAAACAUCAGCAGGAACUUUACAUUAGAGGGCAGCGAGCUGCACUGGCUGGCCUGUGCUCUCUACGUGGCGUGCAGGUCCUCUGUGCCGACGGUGGGAAAAGGCACCGUCGAGGGGAACUACGUCUCUCUGACCAGAAUCCUACGCUGCUCAGAAAUUAGCCUGAUUGAGUUUUUUAAUAAGAUGAAGAAGUGGCAGGACAUGGCCAACCUGCCUCAGGACUUCCGUCAGAGCACCGAGAAGCUGGAGAGAAACUUCACCGUGUCAGCGGUGAUCUUUAAGAAGUACGUUCCCAUCUUCAAGGCCAUCUUCAAGGCCCCGUCGGAGGAUCCGCCCCGAGUUCACCGCAGCCGCAAACAGAGACGUCAUCCCUGCACUGUGACCGAGGUCUUCAACUUCUGCUGGGUUUUGUUUGUCCAUGCCAAAGGGAACUUCCCCAUGAUCAGCGAUGACCUGGUGAACUCGUAUCACCUGCUGCUGUGCGCUCUGGACCUCGUCUUCACCAACGCUCUGCUGUGCAACGCCAGGAAAGACCUGCUCAACCCAAAUUUCAAAGGUCUGCCUGAGGACUUCAGCAGUAAGGACUACAGGCCGUCCUCCGGUCCGCACUGCUUCAUAGAGCAGCUGUGUGAGCUGCAUGACGGCCUGGUGCUGGAGGCCAAAGGAGUCAAAGAACACUUCUGGAAACCCUUCAUCAAAAAACUCUUCCACAAGAGGAUCCUCAGAGGAAAGGAAGACGGUCUGAGCGGCUUUCUGGACCCCAUGAACUUUGGAGACAGCUCCUUGUCUCUCAACCGGGUGUAUGAGGAACAUGUUCUGGCCACCGGCGGUCUGGAUGAGAGGAUCUUCACGGGUGAGGGGGCGAGCGAGGACAUCGGCACCCCGGGGCCCUGCCUGUGUGAGGGGUCGGAGCACCAGGACAGCGCCGCCUACAGGCUUCACACCAACCUCACGGCCUCGGCUCUGAAGGUCUCCACUCCUCUCACAGGGAGGAAGUACAUUCAGGAGGGCAGCUUGGCGUCGCCGGUCUCGUCCGCCAUGAAGAGUGUGGGGCGACUCCACACGCUGCUGUCGGGAACCAAACAGGGGCCGAGCGCUAAGCUAACAGAAACCCUCAGGAACUGUGCCAGAGACCCCAGUGAUGUCAUCAGCAAGCGCCUGAAGGACAUGUUCGAGCUCUUCUCUCAACAUUUCGAGGGCAGCGGGGCCGAGAACAGGGGGAUGGGGAAAGACAUGGCAGUGAAGUACUUCCACCUGGCGGAGGCGCUCUACUACAGGAUCCUGGAGUCCAUCAUAGAGAGGGAGAAGAUGAUACUGGGAGACGCUGACUUGUCGUGUAUUCUGGAGCAGGACAUCUUCCAUCGCUCCCUGCUCGCCUGCUGUUUGGAGAUCGUCAUCUUCUCCUACAGACCUCCAGGAGAUUUUCCCAACGUGAUCGGCAUCUUCCAGCUCCCCGCUUAUCACUUCUACAAGGUGAUCGAGGUGUUGGUGCGGUCGGAGCAGGGUCUGUUUCGGGAGGUGGUGAAGCACCUGAACCAGGUGGAGGAGCAGGUUCUGGAGAGCCUGGCCUGGACCAGCGACUCCCCGCUGUGGGAGAGCCUCCGCGCUGCCAAAGACCACGUCCCCGCCUGCCAGGAGGUGAUGCCUCCUCAGUAUCUGGAACAAAACAAUGAAAGCAGAGCAGGCAGCGUUCCCCUCACUCCCAUCAGCCACGGCUCGGACCUCAGCGCCAACAGCACCAUCAAAGGCGUGUCCCCCUCCCCCACCACCCUGCUGGACCGGUACAGCUCUCCGCCUACCGGCGCAGCUCGGCGCCGUCUGUUCGUCGACCCGCUGGACGGUGAGCAUGGAGUCACCUGCACCAGCACCGGCAGCGCAGCACCGACUGUCGUGACCAAGACCGGACAGGCCAGCCUGGUCACGUCCAUCCCAGCCGGGCAGACGGUGGUCACUGUGGCAACCGCCACCAUGACAGCCAACAACGGGCAGACGGUCACCAUCCCUGUGCAGGGGAUAGCCAAUGAGAGCGGAGGCAUCACCUUCAUCCCGGUCCAGGUGAGUGUGACCGGACAGGGCGGAGCCACGCUGCAGCCGCUGUCCGCUCAGACUCUGACCAGCACUCUCACCGUCCAAUCAGCCGUCACUAAACAUAGUGCCAAACCAGCCAGCAGCCGGCUGAGGAAAGGCUCGCUGUCCCUGUUCUUCAGGAAGGUGUACCACCUGGCCAGUGUGCGUCUCAGAGAUCUUUGUGCCAAGCUGGACAUCUCGUCAGAGCUGAGGAGGAAGAUCUGGACGUGUUUUGAAUAUUCUCUGGUCCACUGUACCGAACUGAUGAAGGACCGUCACCUCGACCAGCUCCUCAUGUGUGCAGUUUACGUCGUGGCAAAGGUGACCAAAGAGGAUAAAUCCUUCCAGAACAUCAUGAAGAGUUACCGCACUCAGCCUCAGGCCAGCAGCAACGUUUACAGGAGCGUGUUGAUCUCAGGCAGGAGGAGACGUCACUCAGGCACCGACGACACCGACAAACACAACUCAUCUGCUGACCCCAACCAGGACCCAGCAGGGGGAGACACCAGUCCAGUUCCCAUCCGCUCCAGCAGCACCAUGCACACCCCCCAGCCGGGCAGUGCCCCCUCCACCCCGAACAAGAACUCUUCCUCUGCCGUGGGCGAGGAGGAGCGAGGAGACCUGAUCCUCUUCUACAACAGCGUUUACAUCAAACAGAUGAGACACUUCGCUCUGAGAUACUCGCCCAGCUCGCCGUCUGCAGGGGUGGAGCCCCCCCCCCUGUGCCCGUACCCCACCCUGAGGACCGGGUCUCCCCGUCGGAUGCUCCUCUCCAGCAAACACUCCAUUUACAUCUCACCUCACAAUACAGGCUCCGCCCCCACGGCGACCACCCCCCGAGACAAGAUUUACUAUUACAUCUGCAGCAGCCCCCCCAACCGUCUCCAGGAGAUCAACAGUAUGAUCCGGACCGGAGAGACGCCCACCAGGAAGCGCAGCAUGCCGCUGGACGAGGAGACGUCGCCCAAGAGGGUUUGUAACGACAACCACUCCGCCCUGCUGCGCCGCCUGCAGGCCGUCGCCAACGACCGCAGCUCCUCGCACUGACGUCGCCAUCACGCCACGUCCUCACGGCCCCGUCACGCUGUCAGAGCGGACAGACCACACGCCGUCAUUUCUACAUCAAGUGUUUUAACAGACAGUUAAAGUAAAAUACCACGGGAUCAGAAACAUCAUUUCCAGAAUGACAAAAUGAUGAACUCGUGGGAAAAUUCAAAAUGUUGAGGCAAAAAAGUCGUAUUUAUAAAGUUAUAUCCAUUUUAAAAGGUGUUUAACAGUGUUUGGAUGCAGAAAUGACAGUUUUUCUGAAAGAAUACUGAAUAAAAGGAGUCACAACAUCUAUUAAUACAUUUUUUAAACUAAUAAUCAAUGAGACGGGUCAAUGACACAUUUCCUCUGCACUGCGUUCAUUAGUAUUACGUCGCCGCGUUGCUGAACUCUUCUUUCUGGGUGUAAAACUCAUCCUUCCAUCCAUUUCUUCUCCGAUACAGGAAUGAAAUUUAUUAUUGAACGAGACUUUUUUGUACGAGUUUCUUACGACGGUGUGAUGAAGUCGCAGCAGCAGCAGCUUCGCAGCACGACGUUCUCAUGUUUUUGAUUUUUACGCUCUUAUUUACUCCUGGCCUCAUCCUAUCAUCCUAUCAUCCUUCAUCUUCUCUACCAUACUGACAACAAAAAUCUGAUUUAAUUCCACAGCUGCUUUAUCAGCUCGCUGAAUUUAGUUUGAAUCAUUUUAAAAUCUUAACAUCUGUCAGUUAAAGCGCUCUGGAUUGAAGUGAUUUUUAUUGUCACACCAGCAGAACGGCCUCAUUUUUCCUCCUGUUAUCAUGGAUUUUAACUCAAACUCAUGUGUGUAAAUAUUUGUAAAAAAAAAAGGGAGAGAGAGAGACCUAUUUUAUGGAGGUGUUGUAAGUUAAGUGCCUUUAUAUCUUUAACUUCUGAAAUCUGUUUGUUCAAACAAACUUUUCUUGAUUGUAAAAAAAAAAA